AUGAGAUGCUCGCAGCCUUUCGCCGCUCUACUGUCACUGGGGUUCCUUUUCGCGAAUACCGUCGCCGCCGAUGAUACGACCACUGUUCCGAUCUACCUGCCGCACUAUGAUGCAAAUAGCUGGUCGCAGCUGCGGGGGAGUAAUGCCAAAGAAACGACGUAUACCGUCUUCUGCCCACCACAAACAAGCCCUAAUUGCGACCUCGCCAUCGAGUUCCCCUUUGUCUUCUCCGAGGGCGAGAGCACGCUUCAGUUCCACGGCACCAAGACAUCAACUCUCAUCGCCGAUCUGGGCUGCACAUUAAGCGGGACGACAGCUGCGACAUGUUCAGGAUACUCGAGUCUCAAGAGCGGAUACAUUAACGGCAAAUUGACGGGACCGACCGAGGUGUCAUGGACGUCGACCAUGACCGGCUCUGAGGUGGAAUGGGGUAUUCUCACCAUGGCCAAGGAGCCCGCGGCCACGGCAACCCCAGCGACGACCACGACUGCCGACAACUCGAACUUUGACGACUUCUUAUAUACGGAUAGCCUGUCGCCUUCAUUACCUGCCGAAACCAACCCGAGCGCUGCCCCUCGUCUUGGUCGAGGCUGGGCUCUCAUUGCGUCAUUAUGCAGCAUGGCAGUUGUCGCGUUGGUGGCAUAA